AUGAAGAACCUUCCACGUUUACUGUCUCUAUCCUGCGUGGCUACAGUCUGGGCACAGGUCCAGCCGUUCGGUGUGACCAGGCCGAUCGUGGAAGACUGUGGCUUCAAUGGAACCGUCGUCUGCGUGAACAAAUAUGCGGCUGUACUGCCCUAUCAUUUCAAUAGGUCUAUCUCCAAUAGCAAAGUUGACUAUGACUUCCGCAACACGAGCGAUCAAAAUGCGACAACUCUGGAUCUCUUAGACACUGCCAACUUUGUCGUGUUCGAUCGACAACGCGGGCUACAGUAUCUGGGACCCAACCCCAGUUACGAAUUCAUGUUCGCAGUGUCUCCAGCUGUCCAUGAAGCUCCCGUGUACGCACCAAAGCAGAAUCUAUUGUUCCUGUCCCAGCUGGCACCUCCCACAGGCCAGUUGCCGCAGCUAGUGGUCGACUUGAACCAGAACCCACCAACGCUCAACGAAUACCUACCCAACCCACCCAUCUACGCUCCAAACGGGGGAACGUUCCGGAAUGGCCUCAUUAUCUUCGGCGCGAGCGGUGGCAACGACAGCCUCGGAGGAAUCGAACAAAGGAUCUCGAUCCGCACAGUUGACCCUGCCACAAAUAGCUCAACGGUUCUGCUUAACAACUACUUCGGUUUUUACUUUAACACAAUCGAUGAUUUGUCGAUCCAUCCCACUACGAAAGACAUAUUUUUCACAGACCCGUACUAUAGCUGGUACAAUGGGCUGACGGACACGGCACCACAACUUCCUGCAGCAAGCUAUCGCUUCGACCCAGAGACCGGAGCAGUUUUCCUCAUUGACGACAGUUUGGAGGAGCCCAAUGGUAUUGCCUUCUCUCCUGAUGGCAAGACACUCUACAUUUCCGACACGGGUGCGGUCUCUGGGACGAUUGAUCCCCGGCUAGGCAGUCAGGGCGCGACGUUCAACACGACCGGCAAACGCACCAUCUAUGCAUUUGACGUCACCAGCAAUGGCACGAGAGUCUCGAAUAAACGUGCCUUCUAUCUGGCCCAAGACUGGGUCCCUGAUGGCUUAAAGGUCAGUAGAGAAGGUCUCGUGCUGACCGGUUCCGGACAUGGCGUGGAUAUUUUGGACGAUGUCGGCCAGCUUCUUAUCCGCAUCCAGACGAACUAUACAGUGCAGAACUUUGCCUGGACAGGACAGAAUCUCAGCACCCUCUGGAUGAUGGGCAAUAACGGCAUUAGUCGGGUUCAAUUCAAUAUCACAGGGCAGACGUUGACCUGA